AGGAUAAUUAAGUUCCCUACAUAUUUUAAAAUGCGUGAUGCAUUUUCAUCUACAAACAAUUGCUGUAACAGUGCAUUCAAAGCCGUUCGAUCUAAUCACAUACAAUGCCUUACGCACAUGAAUAAGCGAGAUCUGGAACAACGCGACAUCAGUGGACAAACGCCGCUUCACGUGGCUGCUAAACUUGGCUUUUUGCAGGCUAUCGAGUAUGUUUGUAGUAUUGAUUCUUUUCGUCCUUCUUUAUUUCCGAAGUUUAUCGUUGCCCUAUAACAUUUAGUUUACUGCAACACGAAGCGCCAGCAACACAGGAUGCUGUAUCAGUAUUUGGCGAGAACCCGGCUCUCGUUGCUGCAGGUGAAGGACAGACACCAAGUGUUGAAUUAUUGUUCAGUGGAAAUUCGAAACAUGCCUUUGCUCGAGCACAACAGCGAGACAUCAAUGGUACUACUGUGUUAAUGGCUGCUGUUGCACGGGGAAACAACGACCUGGCUUUAUGGCUUCUGAGACGUUUUGGGAAAAAAUUGGCAAUGCUACCCAAUAACUUCCGCAUGCUACCGCUACAUGUUGCUGCUGCAAAGGGUAACAUUGAAUUUAUUCGUAAUGCAGUCAAAUGUGAUCGACGUAUGGUUAAUUUCAGAGAUCAGUUCGGCUGUACACCAGUAUUCUAUGCAAUUCAAGGAGGAUGUUUUAACUGUGUUAGACUUUUGGUCGAGAAAGGUGGUGCAGAUAUUUGUAUAGUAUCAAAUAAAGGGCAGUCACUGCUGCAUGUUGCAUGCCUCGCUGGCCAUGCGCAUAUUGUCCGAUGGAUAGUAAAUCGUUCUGCAGCUAAUGUUAUUUUAUGGACAACGAAGGAUAACGUUAAUGCCAUACAUUGCGCCUCAUAUAAUGGAAGCGUUGCUGCACUGCAUAUUUUACUUCAUACCAUAUCUCAUAAAUGUCGGCGACAGAUACUUGCAUUGCGAGAUUCAGGUGGCAAUACUCCGCUCCAUCUUACAGCUAUCAAUAAUCACACCGAUGCCGCACAGUAUUUGCUGGAAAGUGGUGCUGAACCGUUACUGCUGAAUAAUGGAGGACAAACAGCUGAAGCAAUUGCAUGCAUACGAAAAAAUUAUGAACUUGCGAAACUUUUAUCUUACUGGAAAGAGCGAAAACAGAAGAAAAAAGAAUGGUUCUCACCGUUGGUCGCGAUUGAUAUACCGCAUAUAGACAAUGUCUAUUCGUCUGAUUAUUGGAGUACCUCAAACCACACUAUCCCGAAUAAUUCAAGCCACGUUAUGCCCAUCAAUAUUGCUGCACCGCCAUUAUUACAACAAAACAGCGCCUCGAAAUAUUCAUCGAAAGACAACUUCACUAUCAGCAGUCCAGUUGAGGUAAUAGUGGGCGAACUACGCCCAAUAACCUAUAUCGCAUCGGAUGAAGGUGGUCGAAUUUAUGAAGAUCAUUCAAUUCAAACCGACUGUGACUCCUUGCGAGCUGCAACAAAGGUUCUGGAUGAGGACGAAUGGAAGGAAAGUCUUGCAGCAGUCGCGCAAAUUGACAGAGUUCUACAAGAAAUCGACGCUUGAAACAGUUUAUCCAGAAGUCCCGAACCUACUUUCUUGGAGCAGCGAAAUGCACACGUGUCCACACAGCCUUUAGUCUAUCUCCCCUCUUCUUUCCCGUCCAUUACCUAACAACUCCAUAAAAUAUCGAGCAGAUAAGAAUUAUUGGUUCCAGGUUCCGUCGUCAAACCAUCAAACCCUGCUUUAUUAAUCCUUCGGGGGCCAAUUCAAGUCAAAAGUCCUAAUUUCCAGGACCUUCAAGGACGUAAACAAGACUUUUGCGGUUGUUUCUCAAUGUCUAACUUAUGAAUUUCUAGGAAAUCCUUGCAGGUUACUUUUCUAUAUUUUUCUUCACGAAUCUUUUAAUCCAUUUGCUCAAUUUAUAUUCUUAAGCCGUAUAUUGUCUGUCAGCUGAAUUUGUCAAUACUUACUGGUGCUUUGCUGCAUCUAUUACAUUAUCUUUACCGUAGUGUAAUAAACGCCAAAAAUUUCAAUAAGUUGUACUUUACAUAAACAUUUAUGGAAAUGUGUGUUUGUUACAGUAAAGUUGAAUAUAUUUGCAGAACUUAUUGUACAUCUUGAUGCAGUAACUACGUUAGCUGUGUUAAUAUAUCUAAUCCUGUAACUAUGUUAACUGCGUUACAGAUUUUUCUCUAUGAAACAUAUUGAUAUUUACAGUCGUAAAAACUAUUUAAGUGUGUAAGUUUACUUCAAAGUACCGCGUUUUAACUUUUUAACUGUUUCUGCUUAUCUUUUCACCUAUUAUUCACUACUCAGAUCAUCCAUUUUCUGGAUUUGAAGUCCUAAAUUUCUUCCCAAAGCACCUUUAAAAUGCAUGGAAGAAUAAUAAAUCAAUAAACGUUUGAGUACAUUCAUAAUG